ACUCUAAAUCAAACAGGGCCUCAAAAUGGCCCAGGUUGGAUGACUGGUCCUAGAACCCUAGUGCCCUCAUCUGUCUAAAACCCUAGUUCGGUGAAGCACUAGCCUGAGCGGCGGCGCGGACCGGCGAGACGACUGACCGAACGAGUGCGCCAGAGAGCUCCCUGCAAACCUUGCCGCGCAGUAAAUGGAACGCAGACGUGCAGACAAGGAGGAGGCAGAAGAGCCGCUGAGGCCCGAGGAGGAAGAAGAUGAGGAGGACGAAGAGGAGGGGUGGGACGACUGGUGCUCCGACGGCGAAGAUGUUGGCGGUGGGCUGCUGUGUUUGUUCUGUAGCUCGAGUUUCGACUCCGAGAGCUCACUCUUCGAGCACUGCGCCGCCGAGCACUGCUUUGAUUUCCACAUGAUUGUGAAGGAGCUGGGGCUGGAUUUCUACAGCUGCAUCAAGCUCAUCAACUUUGUCCGCUCCAAGGUUGCAGAGAAAAAAUGCUGGAGCUGUGGCCAAGCAUUCUCUUCCAACACAGAACUCUGCAGCCACUUGCACACAGUGGAGAAUUGCCUAAUUGAGGGAAAGGUGCCAUGGGAGGACGAUGUGUACUUGAAACCUUUCAUGGAAGAUGACUCCCUUUUGCACAGCUUGUCAAUCGAUGACGAUGAUGAAGAUGGGGACUGUGGAGUGUCAAUGGAAAAGGGACAAUAUUCAGCUGGGAAUGAGGUUUUAGCUGAACCAUGGGGGAACAAGCUGAGCAGCAUAUCAGAAAGAAAUGAUUCUGACAUCAGUGCUCAAUUUCAGCAAGAGUGUACUAUUGGUAGUACACAAAGGGAAGUCAGAGAGUCCCUUCAUGUGGCGAUUGAUGGCCACCUAAAGGUUGCACGUGCUAGUGUUAAUUCCAAAGCAAUCAAAACUGUGGAUGAUAACUACUUUGGAUCUUAUAGUUCAUUUGGUAUCCACAGGGAGAUGCUCGGUGAUAAAGUCAGAACAGAUGCUUACAGAGAUGCAAUUUUAGGCAAUCCUAGCCUAAUAAGUGGAGCAACUGUACUAGAUGUUGGUUGUGGCACAGGAAUUCUAAGUCUUUUUGCAGCUAGGGCUGGUGCAUCUAGAGUUGUUGCUGUUGAUGGGAGUGCAAAGAUGGCUUCUGUGGCUACCCAAGUUGCAAAGAAUAAUGGUCUGUUGUAUGAUGAGAACGUGGAAGCAGAACAGAAGCAAGGCAGUGCUCAAGUUAUAAGUGUCGUACAUACAAAGGCUGAAGAGCUAAACCAGAAAAUACAAGUCCCACAAAAUGGCUUUGAUCUAUUAGUGAGUGAAUGGAUGGGAUAUUGCCUGCUGUACGAAUCCAUGCUAAGUUCUGUCAUAUAUGCACGUGAUCAUUUUCUAAAACCUGGUGGUGCUAUUCUCCCAGAUACUGCAAUGAUUCUUGGUGCUGGCUUCGGGAAAGGUGGAACUAGCUUGCCAUUUUGGGAAAACGUAUAUGGCUUUGAUAUGUCAUGUAUUGGCAAAGAAGUAACUUCAACUUCAGCUCGAUUUCCUGUAGUUGAUGUACUGUCUUCUCAGGAUAUUGUGACAGAGACUGCUGUACUCCAUUCCUUUGAUCUUGCAAGUAUGAAGGAAAGUGAGAUGGAUUUUACUGCAAGCUUUGAGCUGAUGCUCAGUGAAAGUAGUGCCACUGUGUCAGGAGUGACCUGGUGCUAUGGCAUUGUCUUGUGGUUUGACACGGGGUUUACCGACAGAUUCUGCAAGGAGAAGCCUGUUGUCCUCUCCACCUCUCCCUUCUCUACACCAACUCACUGGUCACAGACAAUCUUCACCUUUGAAGAGCCCAUUGCAAUGGCGAAGGAGGAAUCAACCCUGGGUUCAUCUGCAUUGGCUGGCACAGAUGAGUGCCCAGCUACGGCGCUCAGGUCUCGGAUCAGCAUCGUGAGGGCAUCUGAGCACCGCAGCAUAGACAUAUCGGUUGAAACCACAGCAAUCAGUUCAGAUGGCCGGAAGCGCAGCUGGCCUGUUCAGAUAUUCAACUUGUGACCAAUCAUUAUACCUCUUUGGGCUUCCUACCACCACAAGCAAUUGUUACUAGAAUUUGUCUUGGUCGUUUAAGUUUUGCACACUGAAUGGAGCACUUUGUGCUACUGAUUUUUUGGUAAAACGAUGAUCGUGAGAAUUAGAUUGGAAGGCUUUCUGGAAUGGUUAGGGUGUAAUGUUGUACAAUAAUCUAAUUCGCAUUGGUUUGGCCCUAGUUCAGUUGAAUGAUGUUGACGGGGUUGAAGGCAAACAUAAUGUAUUUGUUGUAGUCAUCAAACGUGUUGCGCACAA